AUGUCUACCACGCCAGAAGGAGUAGAGCAGUGGCAGCCGCCCACUGAGUCACUAGGCAGAGUUCCUUUGGUCACCCGGGGAACAAGCUGUGGUAAAUCCGUCCAAGGCGAUUUCCCGCUCGAUCAGGUCGUCAUAGACAAACUACCUCUUGGUACUCAAGUCCACAGCUGCAACCGACACGGCGCAUCAAAAUGGACAGUCACCGCAAAGAUAGACACCACACGGCCAGACGCUCCACCGAAAUCGUACUUCCUGAAGUGCGCAGAUGGCGACCAAGGCAAAGCCAUGCUCUCAGGCGAAUACAACUCGAUGUGUGCCCUCUACAAAGUCGCACCCAUCUUCGUCCCCGAGCCCCUUGCAUACGGCCAACUCAACGUCUCAAACCCAGACUCCUACUUCUUCCUCUGCGCCUUCCUAGACAUGGACACUAGUCAACCCCCCGACCCAGAACAACUAUGCAAGAAACUCACCUCGCUCCACCUCUCCAGCGCGUCACCAACCGGACAAUUCGGUUUCCACAUGAACACCCGUCAAGGCAACCUACCCCAGCAAACAGCCUGGCAAGACACCUGGAAAGACUUCUUCAUCCAGCUCCUCACCGGCGCUAUGAAACUCAACCACUCCAUCAACGGGCCCUGGAAAGACCUGCAGGAAUGCACCGAUCGCCUCAUCACGCACGUCGUACCCGCCCUCCUCAACCCCCUCACAUCGCACGGCCGCACCAUAAAACCCACCCUAAUCCACGGCGACCUCUGGGACGGCAACAUCGGCACCGACACCACGACGGGCGAGAUUUACGCUUUCGACGCCUGUGCAUACUACGCGCACCACGAGAUGGAGAUUGCGAUUUGGCGCGGUGAUCCUAGUACAGUUUUGGGUCGGCAAGAGUAUACGGAUGCGUAUGUGGGGAUUAUGGGGAAGAGUGAGCCGGUCGAGGGGUUUGAGGAUAGAGGCAGGCUUUACUGUGCUUAUAUGAACUUGCAUGCGAGUGCUUGUCAUGGGGGAGAUAGGUUUAGGGAAAAGUAA